AUGAUGCGUUUGUUCCCAAGAUUCGCAUACAACCCUCUGGCUUCCGAUGAGAGUCUCGAGAGUACCCCUGAUCUGGAUGCAGAAAAGGCGCAAACUAUCCAGAGUGGAGGUAUACAUCUGAGACGUGGAUCGAUAAAGGCCUCAGUAAUUGUCACUACGCUGAAUAUGGUCAUCUUGAUUGUAGCAGCCUCGCUCUUCGUCAAGUCGUAUUACAACCAACCUUUUGUGCUUAAUGGUGGUUAUCGUCAGAUGGCACCAUUCAGUCCCGUGUUGGACAGGUUCGACCUUAGUCCCACAAUGAAGAGGAUCAAUGGAACACUCUUUCCAUCAAGAGAUGGAGGCUCUAUUGCGAGACAACAGCCCAACCCGAAAUCUGAUGCCAUCUGGGAAGAAUGGGAACUGACGCGCAUCUAUCCUGUUACGCGCGAAGAACUUGUGGAGAUGGGCACCGAUCCUUCGACAGCAGCGAAACUGGAAGAUAACGUGUGGGGUGUGGGCGACGAUGCUUAUGCUUCCAUCUUCGACGUAUACCACCAGGUCCACUGCCUAAACUCCCUACGGCAGAUCGCAUACGGCGACUACUACAAUCUCAGCAUGGCGCGAGCAUAUACAAUCAAGCAGCGCGAGAUACACGUCAACCACUGCAUUGACAUCCUGCUCCAAAGUAUCCAGUGCAACGCAAAUGUCGACCUCAUCCCUUUGCAUUGGGUAGAAACACAGGAAUAUCCAUUCCCAGACAUGUCCAUCAACAAGAAAUGUGUUGACUUCGAUGACUUAACCGAGUGGCGAAAGGCGAAUACGAUCGACAUGGAGAAGUAUGUUGAGGUUAUGAAGAUGCCGGAAGUCGGUAAGCCGGGUAUCAAAGAGCUUCCAGCAGCUGAUCAGUACUACAAAUACUGGGGAUUCGAUAAUCCAAACCAUAAGUCGAAAGCUGAGGGUGGCCAUGGACUUCCGAUGGAAGUAGACUCGAAUCUGUAG